UUUGCAACUGCAUUAACUCAAGUGCAAGCUUCAAAAUGGCAGCUAGAGGAGCAAUUAGAAAAGUUCAUGAAAUCUUCGUGUCGAGGCUCCCAUGGACAGCAGGCACAACUGAACUGAGGGAUUAUUUUGCUCAAUUUGGCACCAUCCGAACAUGCAGACUAAAUUAUGAUCAAAAGACAGGGUUCUCCAAAGGCUUUGCCUUUGUGGCCUUCCAGUCAGAAGAUGGUGUGGAGAAGGUUCUACAGCAAGACCAGCAUGUCAUUGAUGGACAGAAGGUUGGCGUGCAACGGCGGCAAGUUGAGGCGGCAGUCAGUCGGUUACAAAUCAGCGACGUUUUCAGUCUGGACAAUGAUGCCGAUGCUGUGUGAUGCUUCAAUGGGACUCUUUUAAAAACAAACUAUGAUAGUGCGCAUUUCUAACUUCGUGUCAUCAAAUGAUGAUGGAAGAAGUUUGAUAUUGAUCAGGUUUAAGCAUCCAAGAGAAGAGGCCAAAUCUUCCGGUGGACGAGAUUGUCAUUUCAACCAACAUAUACAUAGUAUACUUUCUGCAACCUUGAAUAUAAUUUUCAGCACUUUUUGAACCAGAGGCGACAACAGAGCAUGUAUUUACUGACAUUGCCAGUGUAAGGGAGACCAUCGGGUUUUUAAAUCAUUUUACCAAAAGCAGCACUUGUUCAAAAGUUAAUGUCAGUUUUUAUUUAAAACAAGAAAAUUUAUUUUCAGUAAAAGCCAAGUUUUUCAGGUUGACUGAUAUGACAGUACCUACAUUGUAAGCUACACUUUGCAGUUUGAAAAGAAACCUUAGUUUUACACGCAUGCAUGUGGGUAAAUUGGAAACAAACAGACUGGGGGUCCCAGAUUUACAAUAUGAGAUUAAUGGCUCUGAAAAUUGGCAUGUUCACUUUCAUCAGGUGUCCCGUCCAGUCGAUAAUGAAGUAUUCAGUUGUGAAAAUCAAACAUGAAAGUGAUGACUUGUUAUUCUUCGGCUUUACUAAUGCAUGUUAUUUACCUCUGCAGUGCACAUUAACAUUUUUAAGGUUGAACAUGAGCCCAAACUUUGAUUUGACGGCCUGUUUCUUUCUAGGAAGCCGACAUUUGAAAUUGGAAUAAAGGAAAAAUAUCAAAUAAAGGGUGCUUACUUUCAAAACAGGAUCUUCAAGUGUUUAUGGUUGAACUUUAUUUAAACUUUAUAUUCACUUGAUUUGGUUAUUAAAAUAAAUAUUUGAUUUAUUUCAGUAAACAAAGUAAAUUAAAAUAUUUGUUACAAUUAAA